UUGUCAAAAGAUCUUCAAAUCAAUCUUCCAAAAUUGUUAAAAAUUAUUUAAAGUUUUUUUUGCUAAAGUUGAUAAUUAAGGAACUGACUUAGUGUCAUGACAAAAAGAAUGAUUGAACUUAAAAGAUUAGUGUCCAGCUACAAAAGACAGAAAAUGUCAGAAUCAGAUGAUAAUAUGGAGACUGAACAUUCUGACCAACCACCAACCCUCCCUCUAGAAAUGAUCCUCAAAGUCAUCUCAAACCUAAAUUCCAUCGAAGACAUCAAAAACUGCAUGCUGCUCACAAAAGAGAUCAAUACCUCAAUAUUUAAGACACAAGAAAUCAUGAAGAACAUCAAAGUUCAGCUUAAAUGCUUCUAUGAGUCAGAUACAGCCAAAAAGGUCCUUACAGAACAUGGCAGGUAUAUCCGGUGUCUCAGCAUCUUAGCAAAAGUCAACUCACCAAAAUUAUUCAAAGAUCUGCUGCCUCUAGUGCCAAAUAUGGAUGAGUUCUUGCUAGAAAGGAAGAUUGUGUUGUCUAAGCCUACAUAUCCAUGGUCUGUUGUCUAUUCAAGCUGGUUGAGUGACUUAGUUUAUGAAUCUGACAAGGAUUCGUCCGAUGAAGAGGAUGAAGAUGAAGAUGAAGACAUUGAUGAUGAUUUGUACAUUCCACCACCAAAUAAGAAGUUGUCAGACUGUUGGAAUGACAAUGAAGAUUCACUGGACAUGACUAAGCUUAAAGCAUUAAAGAUUGAUGUCAGAGAUUUGGAGUACUUCCUAAAAGCCACAAAAAAUGUCAAACAUCUUGAAAAAUUAAUAAUUUUCUCACAUGGAUCAACUUAUGAUGAUUUCCUGUUUGACUUUAUAUGCCAGCAAAAGAAUCUAAAGGAACUGAAUGUAAUUAACCAGAAGAAUUACUACAUCGCGUUCCCAAAAGAAGAUCCAACCACAAAAGUCACAUUUAAACUCAAAAAAUUCAAACUCUUAACAAGAAGCAACCAAGAAUUGAAUGAGAAUUACACAAAGUUCCUGGCUAUCCAUGCUGAAUCUUUAGAGGAACUCGAAGUUGAUCACUCGCUAAGUCCUCAAUCGCUUCAGAUAAUCUUCGAAAAGUGCCACAAUCUUCAGAAAUUCACACUGAGAAGUGACAAAAAUUCAGAACUUUAUUCUCGCAGCCAUCCUGACUGGAUUCUCCCGAGCAUCAAACAUUUUGAUGACCAAAACUCAAUCGGAUUGAAUCUCGACACAGUCCUUAAGAAAUUCCCAAACAUUGAGUCUCUUAAGUGUCAAAUCAUCAAUGAUCCAAGUCGAAGACCAAACAAAAUUAAGGAACUGGAAGUAAACACCAUGAAUGCAGUAAGCACAGACACAUUUCAAUUCACGGACUUAAAACUCAUCACAAUCAAUCAGAUUUGCUUUUUUAGAGAGGAAAUAAUGAGGAAUACGCUGAUAAAUAUUAAGAAUGUUGAGCAUCUGGUGAUUAGAGAUGCAAGGAACACGCAAAUAUUGUCGAGAAUCUUUAAGCAUUUAGACGUGAUGAAGAAGAUGAAGACAUUCAGCUUUAGAGUUAAUCCAUACACAAAGAGAGUCUAUAAAAUGGGCGAUAAUGAGGAAGUUCCAAAAAAUUACAUGUUUUAUAAGAUCAUGGCUGAUAUGGAGAAAAAGGUUGUGAAGGUCAGCACAUUCAUUGUACAGCAGAAUAAGGAACUGUUUGACAUUUUGGUUGAGACUUUUAAAGGAUUUGAAUUCUAUGAAUUCUGCUUUGAUGUCACGAAGAUGGUGAAGAUUGAUGUUGAAGAUAAGCAUGCUGAAUGUUAAAUUUUGAUGUAAAAUUUUGGACAAAUUAAUAAAGAAGAAUUAAACAAAGUUAAUUAAAUUACCUGUUUUUGUUGGUUUAGGUUAGGUAUAGGUUAG